CAAAAAAGAAACACUGGUAAACUCGCCGGAACUACCGGGAAGGGUGUAUGCUGCGCCCAUCAUAUUUCUAGAGGCACCACUGAAGUAAAGGGAUUAAUGUUGUUGACAGUGUUUCUCUAUUAUCAUUAAUAAGCAUUGUCCUACGCUUCUUUACUUCCGGGUAUAACAACAUGGCGGCUCACAACAAUGUGAAACCUGUUCUUCGAUUAUUAGCUUUACAUGGCUACCGGCAAAACGAGCGGAGUUUUAGGGAAAAAACAGGAGCAUUGCGAAAAAUCCUGAAAGGCCGCGCAGAGAUAAUAAGUAUUAGCGCUCCAUUAAUGGUACCUGAGCUCGAUGCAUGUGCUGACAAUGCAAGUCCAGACUCCAUCCAGGAUGAGCCUAGAGGAUGGUGGUUUUCAAACCCUCACAAGAAAAGUUUUGAUGCCAUGGAAGAGACUAAGUCCUGUUCAGGGCUUGAGGAGUCCCUGCAGUACAUUGCUAAAACCUUUUCUGAGCUUGGACCCUUCAGUGGCAUUUUAGGAUUCAGCCAAGGAGCUGCUUUGGUGGCUAUGUUGUGUGGCCUCAAGCAGAAAGGAGAUCCUCGCUUCCAGUUUGACUUUGCCAUUCUGAUUGCUGGAUUUAAAAGCUGUUCAUGCGAACAUAAGGAGUAUUACCAGGAUAUCAUCACAGUUCCAUCACUUCAUAUAUAUGGAGAUACUGACCGUGUUAUCCCAGGCAACAUGAGCCAAGAGCUUGCCUCUUAUUUUCAGAAUCCAGUUAUACUCACACAUGUGGGGGGACAUUUUGUACCAGCAUCAGCAGCUCAGAAAAAAGUAUACAUAGAGUUUCUGAACAGAUACAGUGAAUAAACUUAUGGUGGACUGGAUAUUUCAAUGUGGUGUUUUAUGCAUUUCACACUAUAGACAUUAAAUGUGCAGUUUGUCUUCAGAGGAAUGACUAUAGCUUUAGGGUAAUAUUUCAGCCAGUAAAAUAAAUGUGCUGUUUUCUUUAGCAACACUAAAUAACAUGAGCUGUGAAAAAGGUUA